AUGCCGUGUGCACAGGCGCCCCUUGCCCGUGUGAAAAGGAAAGACGUGGUACUAGAAAACUGGAGACUGGAGACCGCCGUCUGGAUCCGGCAGUGCCACCGCUCCACAAACCCUGAUACGGCGGCCGAUGUUGACUGGUACUACAUUAUGUAUGCUUUCAGAGGCAGGUUAGACACAUAG